AUGGCUGCAGAUGUGAUUCAUGACCUGGAGCUGGAUCAAGAAGAGCCAGAUCUUUGCAUACAGUCAGAGACCCCCAACCUCACAGACGAGAAACUCGACCGAAUACGCGCAUAUGUGGGCUACUUUUAUGUAGUGUCAUCGUUUCUAGUUACGUGGAAACGCAGCAAGGGCAUCGAAAUCUCAUACACCCCAUGGACAGCAAGGUGUUGUGAGCUUCUCGAGCAGCAUGGCAAAACACAGAGCGAUCUCGUCUUGUCGGCACAGACUCGCGUGUCGAGUAUUCUGUUCCGGGCCUCGAAGACGAUGAAUCAUAAACACGACCAAGCGAGCGAGGACAGGCGCAUCAUGAUGGCGGGUUUCAAGUCUGAGUUGGCAGAGAUCGAAUCGUCGCUGUCUUUCCCACUCAGCUUUUCGGUAUCGCUGAAGAUGCAGAUACUCUUCAUAAAAGCGUUCCUAGAAAGCGGCACACUCCUCAGGCUUCCGUUUCCCCGUUCACUCCCCUCUGAAACCUACAAAUGGGAGCCUCUUCACUUCGCAAAUGCCAAAUUACAUGAAUGCGUACACAGCACAGCUGCCCUUUACCAAGAACUCGGGCGCCUCGACGACGCUGCAUUCUCCUGCUUUACGAUCGUUGACUGGUCUCGCCCCAUACUAGCCACGAUACUGGGCAUUAGAUUGUCCUUCAGAAUCUCAGACUGCCCUGGUUGGGAUGCGGAGUGGGCACGGUCACAGCUCAAAUUUGAUGAUUUUCUCGCGCGAAUGUCGCAACAACCGUCUGACCUUGCACUUGUUUCUGCGAAAGCGGAUGUUCUAUCGGCAAGUCGAACUGUCAUAGGAGUCGUACGGGAAAAGUAUCGGAACCGGCUGGCGGCCGAAGAGCAACAGACCAAGAGCCCAGCGGGAAUUACAUGUCCAAUCCUUGACAGAAGCACGGAGUUGCAUCUCCCCGUUUGGGAUGCUGCGCUCGAUCCGCCGCCGAUGAUGGAGGCUUUGGGCGAGGGGCCUGAUGGGCAAGUUGUAUUUCAAGACCUCUGGACGGCGAUGACGAUGGGUUGGGCGCACGAUUGA